AUGGUGAGAAAGAGAAAGCUCGUAGCUAAAUCUUCUCAACCAGAGGAACCACCGCUCAAACAGCACCACUCUCAGCCUCAACCUGAUCCCGAACCGGAACCGUAUAUCCCCACAGAAGAAGUCGAGGAAGAAUAUGAAGAAGUUGAGGAAGAGUAUGAAGAGGUUGAGGAGGUAGAGGAGGAGGAGGAAGAAGAAGAGGAGGAGGAGGAGGAGGACGGCGGAGAACAAGCUCAAGGUGGCGAAUACCUAGAAGAAGACGAUGAACCGAUUAAGGAUCUAGUUGAGCCUUUCACCAAAGAGCAGAUCGUGAAUCUCCUUUGCGAGGCGGCGUCUAAGCAUCGCGAUGUUGCGGACAGGAUCCGUAAGAUUGCUGACGGAGAUGCGUCGCACCGGAAGAUUUUUGUUCAUGGUUUGGGAUGGGACACCACUUCCGCAACCCUAAUUAACGCGUUUUCGCAGUAUGGUGAAAUUGAGGAUUGUAAAGCUGUUACUGAUAAGGUUUCUGGGAAAUCUAAGGGUUAUGGGUUUAUUCUUUUCAAGAAGCGGAGUGGGGCGAGGAAUGCUUUGAAAGAACCGCAGAAGAAGAUUGGGAACCGGAUGACGGCGUGCCAGCUGGCGUCUAUUGGUCCUGUGCAGCAAACUCCGCAGCCGACGGCGCAGUUGGUGCCGCAAGGCUCGGAGUAUACGCAGAGGAAGAUCUAUAUCAGCAAUGUUGGCCCUGAAUUGGAUCCGCAGAAGCUGUUUGCUUAUUUCUCGAGGUUUGGAGAAAUUGAGGAAGGGCCGUUAGGGCUUGACAAGACGACGGGAAAGCCGAAAGGGUUUUGCUUGUUUGUUUAUAAGAGUGCUGAGAGUGCAAGGAGGGCAUUGGAGGAGCCUCAUAAGGAAUUUGAGGGACAUAUUUUGCAUUGCCAGAGGGCAAUUGAUGGUCCUAAGGCGGGGAAGACACAACAUCAACAACCACAGCAGCAACAACACGUGAAUUCAUUGAGUUCAUUGAAUCAAUUGAACCAACUGAACCCAUUGACUCAGAGGACACAAUUUCAGAGAAAUGACAAUGUUGGAUAUGCUGGUGGUAGUAGUGUUGCAGUUAGCCAACCAGGGCACUUAAUGGCGCCAGCAGGACCAACAAUCGGGUACAACCAGGCCACUGCUUCUGCUGCACAGGGGCUGAACCCGGUGCUGACGCCUGCACUUGGACAGGCUUUGACGGCGCUUCUUGCAUCUCAGGGUGCUACUUUGGGGCUGAGUGAUUUGUUGGGAAGUCUUGGAACGAGUAAUGCUCUUAAUCAUGGAGGUGUUCCUGCUGCAGGUCAUGGAGUUCAGAGUGGAUACAGUGCUCAGCCUAGUAUAAGUCCAUCAGUUAUGGGAGCAUAUGGGAAUUCAGUACCACAGGUUGGGUUGCAGGUGCAAUAUCCAAACCAGCAGAUUGGACAGGGUGGUUCCGGAAGAGGGCAAUAUGGUGGUGCUGCACCUUACAUGGGGCACUAA